CUUUAAAUUAUGCCCACAUUUCUUUUUCUUUAUCUUCAUCUCCUUUUUCGUUGACGACUCGUUGGUUCCCCGUUCCAAAGCCCGUUUUCUGGAACGCUCCAUCGAUCUACGGUCCAAAGUUCAGAUCUUUAUGAAUAUACGGGUUUUCUGGUGCGAAAUCUGACUCGGAAGUUUGUUUAAUGGGAGGUUUUGGGUUUUCGAACGCUGAGAUUUAUCGUACGAUUCAUAUUUUUGUCGCAGAUCUGAUUUGAAAUUGAAUCGUUUCUUUGAUUUCUCCAUGUCCGGAGAGAUUUAGUCGGAUUAUUUUUCAUAGGGAUUUAUCUAUCGCGAGAAAUUUUGGGGCUAUCAAAAGAUGUCGCUUUUGCCCAAAAGUGAUUCCGUGCAGAUCCGAGAAGUUUGGGAUUAUAAUCUGGACGAAGAGUUUGCCCUAAUCCGUGGAAUCGUUGAUGAUUAUCCGUAUAUCGCCAUGGAUACCGAGUUUCCAGGGAUUGUUAUUCGGCCCGUUGGCAAUUUCAAGAACAGCAACGAUUACCAUUACCAGACUCUCAAGGACAAUGUGGACAUGUUGAAGUUGAUACAGCUGGGCCUCACAUUCUCUGAUGAGAAAGGUAACCUCCCCACCUCCGGAACGGACGACCGUUACUGCAUCUGGCAAUUCAACUUCAGGGAGUUCAACCCGAACGAGGACGUUUUUGCCAGUGAUUCGAUCGAGUUGCUUCGCCAGAGUGGGAUUGAUUUCCAGAAGAACACAGAGAAGGGUAUCGACGCAAGGAGGUUUGGGGAGCUUCUCAUGUCCUCUGGGAUUGUGCUGAAUGACAGUGUUUACUGGGUCACAUUCCACAGCGGGUACGAUUUCGGGUACCUUCUCAAGAUACUGACAUGUCAGCCAUUGCCGGAGACGCAGUCGGGGUUCUUUGCAUUGAUCAACAUGUAUUUCCCUGUGGUGUAUGACAUCAAGCAUCUGAUGAAGUUCUGCAAUAGCCUCCAUGGUGGGUUGAACAAACUCGCGGAGCUGCUGGAAGUUGAGAGAGUCGGGAUCUGCCACCAGGCUGGUUCGGAUAGCUUGCUCACGGCUUGUACCUUCAGGAAGUUGAAAGAAAACUUCUUUAGUGGCUCUAUGGAGAAGUAUGCAGGUGUGUUGUAUGGCCUAGGAGUUGAGAAUAACCAUUGCUGAAAACAAUUUUAAAAAAAUAAUAAAAAUAAAGAAAGACAGUGUUAGGUGAUUGUGAAGUACGUGUGUGCUUGAAAAAAGAUGUCUUUUUUUAUCUUGUACACUUAGAGUAAAAGUGUGUUGUAAUG